AUUCUGUGGCAGCAUUUGUGGCCAUUCCUGAAUGUUUUUUUGUAUUUGUUUGAGCAACCUAAAUACUUCGUAUUUAUGAAAUUACUAGCUUCUGUACUGACUUAAUUCUGGUUUUAAGGUGGCGUAAUACUGGCCAAGUACUUUGUGUUUGGUUUUCAACAUCUGGUUUUGAGGUGGAUGUUUUUUAUUUUGGUUUUGGAAGCUAGGUUUUAGAGGGGAUUGCUUAUUUUUGCUUCUAGGUUAUUUAGGCAGCUAGGUUAUCAACAUUUGUUUAUCUUGGAGAUGCUUAUAGUCCUGGAGAUGCUUAUUUUGGCAGCUAGGUUUUGGUGUUUGGUUUUCAACAUCUGCUUAUUUUGGCAGCUAGGUUUUCAACAUAUUGUGUUUGUUUUGAGCAGCUUGCUUUUGGGGGGAUGCUCUUUGGUUUUCGGGUACUGGUUUUAGGCUUUCAAUUUUAGGCUUUUGGGUUUUAGAAGCUGGCUUUUGGGUGGGCUGGUUUAUGGUUUUAGUUCGAAAAAUUAAACGAAGAGCUGGUUUUUAGGCUUGGUGUGCUUGUGUAUAUGUUUUGGGACUUCUGUCACUUAUUCUAACUGCGAUCAGUUGGAGAUGUUAUAGGAGGGGUACAAAUGGGAAUUCUGCCACUUAUAAGCACUGCCGUCCCUCCCGCUGGAAAUCUAUGGUGGACCGGCGUGUUCCCUCUAGAUAGCGUGAAAUCUGCGUAUUUGAUGAAUCAAUGAAGGCAUCAUAAUACACAUUGUAAUUACUAAUGCUCUAUUGCUCUGUUUGGAUUGAUUGGGAUUAACCAACCUCAAAAUGGUAAUUUAUCAAAUUAGGCAUUUACCCCCAAUAAGCCGGAUUGCGAUCUUCCCAAUUCUCCCUAGCACAAAAAACCCAUAAUGAUCAUUUUGUUUUUGAGUAAUUUAACUCAAUUAUAACUGAAGAAAUUAAGAAACUUAAGUUACAAAUAGAAUCAGGUUCCACAACUAUAUCAUCUUUGCUUUGCAUUAAGUUUUCCAUAUGCAGUGACCUUGCAGAUAAACAUCAUUAUGGUGUUGUGGAACAAUUCAUUGGCCAUGGUGUGGGACGGUUUUUUCAUAGUGAUCCAGUUAUUCUACAUUACUGUAACUUUUCUACUCCCUCCGCCCCGCUGGGAAAUUCCAUCUUUGUCUUUUCUAUUCUGUUUUGAAGAUUCUUGUAGGUUGGUACUAUGCAGGUGGGCAUUGAUGUUAGUUGGGCUUCAUAAUUCAAAUCAGGUGAUGAAUUCUGAUGAUCAAGGUGCCAUUUUACUAUCACAUGAAGCGUAUCCAUGUAUGAAUAAUUGGUGAUUUCUUUGACUUAUGCUUCUUGUCACUAGUGAAGUGGAUGCUUCCUAUCUUUUCUACACUGUUCCUAGUUGCUAAGAAAUUUUUUUAUACAACAAACUUUGUUGGUAAAACAGUUUAUUGCUUAUGCCUUUCUCAUGAAUUAAUAGGUGAUUACUUUGUUGAAAAUGCUUUAUAAUGCUCUAAAAAGGUGCCCAACCAAAUUGACAAGUUUAUAAUCAACCUUUUUAUACUCAGUUAAAAAUUCUAUUUCAAUGAUAACAUAUAGAGACUGGUAAUUGAACUCUCGUAUUCUUUGUUAUUACUUAAUUGAAUACUAUGUAGAUGAAAUACUUUUUUUGUAGAUGCUUCACAUUGUCCCAUAGUACAAAGAGCGUGCCCUUCAUCAAAUGUCUUUAGGUUCUAAGGUUCUAUAAUGCUUAUAAUUCUCACAAGGAUUAUCAACUAUAACAUGUCUAAACUUCAGGUAUGAUAUAAAGAAGCCAUUUUAUUAUUUCAUUGGUACUGUUUCUGCAAAAAAGGUCUUAUAUCAUGGUAACUGAUACAUACUAAAUUCCUGUUAUACGUGUUGUAUGUAUGACUAGUCUGGCCUUCCACUGAUAUAGAUUAUUUCCACUAUUGCAGGGUAGAGGCAGAAUUAUUACGGAAUUUAUUAGCAAAGUAUUGUCCCCUUCUGCCUCCCCCUCGAUCUACCAUUGCUGCAGCAUUUAGUCCAGACGGGAAAACCCUUGCAUCAACUUAUUUCAGGCCAUACUGCUAAAGGAAAAGCCAACAGAUUAUGAUAAAAGCGGCAGUUUUGGCUCAAUGAAUGGAAUGGAGGUCAGGUUUGGAGUUGGUCAGAGAUGGGUGGUUCGUGAUAAGAGCUAGCCUCAAAACGGACACAGAAGCUAUAAGGAUGCUUGGCCUCCAUGGUAAGAGGGAGAAAUUUGCAUUGAAGUUUUGUAAUGAAGUGUGCUAUUUCUUUAAGUCUUGCAAUGAAAUCUGCAAAAGAAUCAUAUGACUACUUUAAGGAUACAUGCAGCAUCCACAGCCGCAGCAGCAACCCAUUCUGUUCUCUCCCACCAGAGAAUGUUGCUCUUCAAACUGGAGAUCAUAAAAAGUCCUGAUGAAUAAUACUCAUUGCAGGCAGUGGUUGGUGCAGCAUGCCCUGGAACUUAGCAUUUGGAGUGAAUUUUUUAAUUUCAUAUAUGCUGUUGGACUAGGUUGAGAUCCUGAGCUUAUAUAUAUAGGUGUCAGUAGAGUUAUGAUGUUUUAGUCUUUUUGUACCAACAUAUUUGGAGUAUAUAUAUUAAAGCAUAAUUAUUAUU